AUCGGAGCCUUAAAUCACCACGUGUAUACUUCGUAUUCCACAGCGUUACUGCGAGCAUUUCUAUGGUCUGGUCUGGUGUUUGCGUUCGAAUCCAUUUCGAGCGUUAGUAACCAAAUCGCGCAGAGAGCAACCGAAGAAAGAAUGGGGAAGGGAAAGGAUUCAGAUCCCCCAUGUUUGCAGAAGUACGGUGUGCCUUUCUACACAGCUUCUUGGGUUCCAUCGAAGAAGAUCCUUGCUCAGAAACUGAAGCAAAAGCAAGAACUAUCGAAGGAAGGUGAGGAGAUCGCCACUGCCGAUGGAUCCACAUCACCGCUGGAUACUACUACAGCCAAUAGGAGCUACUUGGCGUUUGCAGGCGGCGGUGGAGAAGGCCGAAGCGGAAUCCCUAAUGCAAUUAUACUGGCAGAAUUCGAUUUAGCAUCUAAUUCUCUCUCCGAACAGCCGGUGGCUAAGCUUGGAACUGAAGCUGAUUUACCAUACAGAAUGGCUGUCCAUCCAGGUGGAGAAGGCCUUAUUUGUUCAUUACCAAAAAGUUGCAGAUGGUUUGAGUGGGAUGUUCAAGAGAAUGAAGAAACCUGUAAAUUGGACCUGAUAUCCUCUGAGAAAGUGCUGACCCAGUUGGAAGAUAUUGGUCAACAGUUAGCAGUGACCUUUAAUAGUGAGGGUUCUGUACUUGCUGUUGGCGGCGAGGAUGGCUAUUUGAGGGUCUUCAAGUGGCCAAGUAUGGAAGUCAUUCUUGAAAAGGCUGAUGCUUAUUCAUCUGUGAAGGAUUUGGAUUUCAGUUCUGAUGGGAAGUUUCUUGUCUCCUUGGGAAAUAGUGGCCCGUGUAGGGUGUGGGAUGUAACCUCAUCCACUGUUAUAGCUUCUUUACCAAAGGAAUCGGAUGAGGUUUUCGGCUUCUGUAGGUUUUCUCAGACAAGUGAUAAUAAUCAGUUUCUGUAUACUACUGCUGUGCGAGAUCGGGGAGGAAGCGUUGUAUCUUGGAAUACCAGCUCAUGGAAUAGAGUUGGCUCAAGGCAAAUCGUCCGUGAUCCUAUUUGUGCAUUCGACGUUUCUGCUGAUGGAAGACUCCUUGCAGUUGGGACAGUUCAAGGAGAUGUUUUUAUUAUAAACUCCCUCAAUAUGAAGGUGCAGACAGUGGUUAGAAAAGCACACCUUGGGCUCGUGACUAGAUUAACGUUCUCCGAAGAUUCCAGGGCUUUGGCCUCAGCAUCCAUGGACUCGAGUGCGAGGGUGACAGUAAUUGGAGACCAAAAGAGGGAGAGUGGAGGGAGUAUGUGGAUCAUCAUUUUUAUUGUUUUAUUUGCAAUUCUGGUGUAUUUCCUGAAGACUAACGGAGCCCUUCCGUACCUGUAAAUUAGCUGGUCUUUCUGACUAACUGAAAGAAACUGUAUUGUGUGGACAAGUUUUGUGACUUUUUGGAGAGUAUAAAGG